UGGUGAACAAUUUUUUUAUGUUGUCGAAAAUGCAAAAACUAUGUUUUUCUUAUACACUUAUAUUGUUUCUAAAACAUCAAAUUUGAUGUUACUAUUGAAGGGUUUGGAGAUUUUCAUUAAUGGCAUCAACAGCAUGUUUUGUCAACAAGAAUGCAUUCCCUAUGAAAGUGGUGACUCCUAUCUCUCAUUCAUAUCCUGAACCUCUUGCAAAAUAUGAUGAUGUUGUGGCAAAUCCAAAGCUUUUCAUGGUUACUUUGGAGAAGCUUCAUGCUUCUAUGGGCACCAAGUUCAUGAUUCCUAUUAUCGGAGGAAAAGAGCUCGAUUUGUGUCAACUCUUUGUUGAAGUUACUUCUCGGGGAGGGAUUGAGAAGCUUAUGAAAGAGAGAAGAUGGAAAGAAGUAACAGCAGCUUUUAACUUUCCAUCAACAGCUACAAAUGCUUCCUUUGUUCUCAGAAAAUACUAUUCUUCGUUACUUUAUCACUACGAACAAAUCUAUUAUUUUAGAGCCAGUCGUUGGACGCCUGCACCUUCUGAUUCUUUGCUGAAUCAAUCAACCAUGUCAAUUCCUCCUUCAAUAACACAGUUUUUGCAACCUUCUCCAGUAACACAAUCAGUUAUAUUUCAAAAAUCAGGACUUAUCAAUGCUCCUGAGUUGCCUCAAGUAUCUUAUGCAGGUUCUUCACUUCCUGGAGUUAUUGAUGGAAAGUUUGAAAAUGGAUAUCUAGUUUCGGUUUCGAUAGGUUCAGAAACACUCAAAGGCGUGCUUUAUGAGUCUCCGAAAAGCAUUAUGAUGAAUAAUAACAGCGUUGCCUCUACUGCAUUGGGUGUUCAUCGCCGCAGGAGGAGGAGGAAGAAGUCGGAGAUAAAGAGGAGAGAUCCGGCUCAUCCAAAACCUAACCGAAGCGGUUACAAUUUCUUCUUCGCGGAGCAACAUGCGAGAUUGAAGCUACUAAACCAAACCAUGGACAAGGAUAUUAGUAGAAUGAUUGGUGAAUUAUGGAACAAUUUGAAGGACUCGGAAAAAACAGUUUAUCAAGAGAAGGCUAUUAAGGAUAAAGAGAGAUACAAAGCAGAAAUGGAGGAUUAUCGGGAUAAAUUAAAGACGAACAUUGUGAUCGAUGACGCGGUGCCAUUGCAACAACAAUUUUCGGAAGCGAAUUCAUCAUUGGUGGAUGUUGACAUAAAAAUGCAUGAUUCAUUUCAGACUCCUGAAGAGAGUAGUUCUGGUGAAAGUGAUUAUGUUGGUGAUGAUAUCAACAUGGAUGGUUCUUCGGGCGGAGCGAGAGUCGAUUCGGAAGCAUUUUUGGAUUCAGAGAAGGUUUGUAAGGAUGGAGUUGUGGAAGUUGUUAGUCGUUGUGAGGGAGAAAAUGCUGGAAGAGUUCAAGUUCAACAGAAUCAAAACAUGUUAGCAUUACUUUAGUGUAGUUUCAUGUUGAAGUUUCAUUGUUUCAAUGCUUUUAGAUUAAUAGAGUAGUAGUGUAGCUGAGUCUUAGAUAUAAGUUUGUUAUAAGUUUGUUAUGCUGUUGUGCUGACGUGGCAUAUUCUGUUAUGCCACUGCUCAUCUAUAUAAGAGCUUCUGUAAUCUUCUAUUUUCAUCAAUGAAUAUAAUAUUCUUCUUCCUCAUUAUGACUCUCACUAGAUUUCUAUCAUGGUAUCAGAGCUUCUCUCUUGAUCCAGAAUUUUUUUUCCUUCCUCCAUGGCAUCACCGUUUCGCAACGACGGUGCCUUCC